AUGUCAAAGGAUCUUCAGAAAGGCGCCAUGUUUAUGGCAGGUCUGACUCUGUUGCAGUCUCUCCGUGUGGCUUUAACUGGAGCGAAGUUUGCACUUGAUAGAUUUAAAAUUCCCCAGCAGUAUGCCAGUUCGUUCAUUAACAUGGUCCAUAAUCCUAUGGAACUGGCAACGUUUACUGGAAUGGCUAUUGUGACUUCUAUAGCACUAGGGACGGGUGAUAGCUCCAAGGGUUUUUUCAGGGGCUUUGCUGCAUUUACUAACAUGGCACUGUUCCUUUCAUUCAUCUUACUCCUAAUUGCAUUUACUUCUGGAGGAGAACAGGGCGAUCUCACAUUCUACUACUGGACUAUCGUCCUAGUCUCAUUUGUCUAUGGAAUGAAUGUGGCAGCUGUAAUGAAUGUAGGAAGUGAUAACGCCGCAUUUUUCAAUAUGGGAAUUCCUCUAUCUGGUAUUCAAGUUUGCGUAUACUACUAUGUCUUUACUAAGCUUGCUGAGUGGUGUAACUGGUCAAAUGUUAGUUACUGGGUUAUAGUCUGGCAACUUAUCAUUGCAAUAUUGAUUUCAGCAGCCUCUGCCAUAAUGUGGGCUAUUGCCUAUAAGGAUGGUGGUAAAGGUGGUGGAGGUACUUGCAGUUGUACUGAAGAUAACGAUAACGGUACUUAUUUAUCUCCAAUUUUCAUGGGAAUGGUUGGUAUGGGCGGCAUCUAUGCCUUUUAUCCUGCUAUUGCUCCUUACAAGUUGACUGACGUUAGUACUGGUUAUACUAUUGACCUCGUUGUCUUGUUCAUGAGUGCUGUUCCUGGUAUUGCUAUUGCAGUUGUAUGUCUAUCUACUUCUGGAACUGAUAAAGGCCCUGAUAAAAGCUGGGAAGCUAGUAAAGGUAAUACUGGAUGGCAUGCUGCUUGGAUUCUGGCAAUUCCACACAUUACUGCAAUGGUCUUGUGUCUUUAUGUACUUCAUUAUCCAGGUAGUGGAGUGGCACGUUACAUUAGGAGCAGUGGUUUAAAGGUUGGAGCUAUUACUGUGACCUUAAAGUUUUGUGAGGAAGGACUUAAAGCGGUGUCAUAUGCAGGGGCUGGUGCACAUGGAGGCACUGUUUCCUCUUUUAAUGCGUUUACUUCACAAGGUUUAAUGAUCAUAUUGGCCUUUACCGGAGAUGGUUAUCUAAAGACCUAUUCCAAGUAUGAGCAUGAUAGGAGUAAAUGGCCUACUAAGGAUUAUGGGUUCUUUAAGUCCUUAGGAUACUGGAUAGGGAGUGGAAUGAAGGUGGCCUGCAAGAGUGUCAAGUCCUCCUUUACCAAGAAUGUCAGAUGCAAGGUUUUGGGUAAAUCAGAGGCCUUACUUAUCGUCUAUGAAGAUGAGGAAUUUUAA